AUGUCCACUGCUGAACUUGCUCAAGCCACUCAACAGGCCCAUACCCUCACUCCCAGGUUCUUGGAGGAUGUUAGGGUGGCCACCUCCACACUUUUGAACUUUUACAACCACCACAGGGAAGGUCUUCUGGCCCACCAAUGGACGGUGGAAGAGGAUGCAUAUGGGAAAGCUGCAAAAUCAACUGAUCCUGUGCCAGCGGCUGAAACAAAGUCCAAGAGUAAGACAAAGUCUGGGCGAAGGAAACCCAAGGCCGGGUCCAGCGCCCAGCCACAAUCAGAGGUGACUCCUAACGACACCGCUGCCCCAGUCCAAAGCAAAAAAAGAAAAGGGGACUCGAUUGAAGCCAGGCCAAAGAAGACCAGAGUCAUGAGUGCGGAGUUCAUCAACAGCAGCAGUGAUGAGGAAACAUUGAAGCCGAAGUCGGAGUCACUUCGACCAGUUGGUGGGGAAGCAAAGGCAGUUAAACCUAAGUCCCAGCCCCAUUUCUCCCACAUGACACCCAGUGCCGGUCUCAGUCUCAUCCAAAGGCCCAAGUUAGACCCCAACGCUGGUCCUCCCAAGACCGCCAUGGCCGCUUUAAGGCAAGCCAAAACUGCCGAACAUCUUGCAAAUCAGAAUGCCAUGAUUGCGAAAGGCAAUUAUCAGCUCACGACUAUACCCUGUAAGACGACCUGCACAUAUGCAGUAACCAAGAAAAAGGACACUGACAGUGAGGUCGAAGACGAGAUCCAAAAGGGGUUGCAGGAUCUUGAAACGGCCACAGUCUCUGGGGGAGAUGCCCAAGUGAAGAUCGUGAGGAAGAAAGCGAGGUCAAAGAAGCCGCAGGUGAAGAAGGUGAAGCUGGAUGUCAAAGAGAAGGGCAAGCAGGAUGUUGAAAUGGCCACAGUUGGGCAUGAUGCGGAGCAUGUGAUUGACAUGGACAUGGAGGUUGGUCUGACAAUGGGAAAGGGGAAGUCCGAGGGUGGUAUCGACAUAGAGAUGGCGGAAGUCAAACAUGAGGAAACCGAGGUCAGUGCCAUUCCAAAAGCUGACAAAGACGUGGGCCAGGUGACUCCCACCAUAAUCAUUGAGCCACCCACACCACACACAUCAGCGAUUUUCAAGAGCACUGAGACUGAGGUCAGUACCAACACUGACAAAGGAAAGGGCUGGGAGAUUGGGCCACCAGCCAGUGAGAUGGAGUGGAUCGUGCCCGAGUUAACAAUGUGGCCAGAAUUGGGCUUGGCUGUCAAUUAUAUGCAACAAAGCUUUACACCCCCACCUGUCGAGUGCAUGUCCUGGCCAGAAGUCAGCGUCAUGGAGUCGUCUACCCCUACUAUGCGAGAGUAUUCGGCAUUUGUGGUCCAAAAACAAGAUAUUGAUGCAAGUGCCCUUCUCCCCCCGGUGGUUGACUCACCCGUGACCCUUUCACAACGUCUUUUGGUGCUCAAAGAGAUUACCCGGUUUAUUCAAGAUCAAGAUUUGACUAGCCGUCCUCUCUCGGAGAAAAUUGCAAGUCUGGAGACCUCUGUUUGGUUUCAGAAAGAAAAAAUCACCAGAGCGACUCGCCGGAUGGACCAUAUUGAAGAGUCUGCCCACAUGUGUUGGAAGGAAACACAAGAAGAUCUGCAGUCCAUCCGAAGUGAUCACCAGAGACUGGAAGCCGAGGUGAGGGAAGCCGUCAAGACACUGGAGAACAAGUGGGAGACUACGCCAGCUGCGUUACAAGAGAGUCUCACCCAGGGCUUUGAGAAACUCACAAGCCGCAUCAAAACUGCCAAGGUAACACUCCAUGACCUUACCAAAUCAGUCACCACAAUUUUGGAGCUCAACCUGUGGCUCGGUGCUCACCAAUCAAGUCUGGAAUCGCUUAUUAUCCAGUUCCUUGGCAACAAGGAGAAGAAGCACACUGGCAUCAAUACCGAUCACUCAGUCUUACCUGACCGUGGUCAGAAAACCCAGCAGGCACAAGUCUCCCUGACCCCAGGCAUCGUUCUGCCAAACCCAGUUCCAACUGAUCACGCACAAGUCUCUCUGACCCCGGCCGUCAUUCUGCCUCCAGCAUCUGAGAGCCCAGCAGUCCUUCUGUUGGCGCCAAACCCAAUUCCUCCAACCUGGGCAAGUUCACCUGGUCCUUACAUUGGGGGUAAUAGGAAGUCACCUUGGCUACAGAAACUCGAAGCCAUACUUCAAACCCCCGCACAGACCGAGUGCGGUUGUUUGAGCCAGACCCGUUCCAACAUGGCUUCUUGGGAAGUCAUGGACCCAGUAAACUGCAUGACCGAAUACUGGACCAUGACCGGAAAAGAAAAGCCGAGGUAA